GGCUAGCGGAAGAGCGGAGGCGAAGCUGCUGCUGCUGCUGUGCCGAAGCCCGAGAGGAAUGAACAAGCUUCUGUGGAGUGAUGUUCCUGCUAAGAAGCUGAGGCACUUCAAGAACAUGCAAGAACAUGAGCUCGUCAGAAGACACCCGCUCCUUACGACAUCGAAAGAAUCCUGAGAGAACGUGCCAGGCCGUCACUAAAGUAGAAUUGGAAAGGUCUGCUUCCAAACGGACAGGUUCCAUUACGGACAACUCCAAAGAAGCUGGCGCAGAUGGACCCGUUCCAAAGAAAAAAACGAGAGGAAAGGUAAAGCAAACUGGAGCUGAACCAGCUGUGCCUUCACACUCCGCCUCUCCGACUGCUGUGAACGGACGUUUAUCUCCAAGCUCGAAUGGCGUUGGACCAGCAGUGCCUAAACAAACCACGGCGUGUCUUAAGAUGACGAAACCUCAAAGGGGGAGAAGAAAGAAAGGAGAGCCACCUCCUGAGAAGGGAGACGGCUCAAAUGUAAGUGCUAAUGGGGCAUCAUUAGAAAGACUGGACAGUGGCCCCACUGCCCGUUCAGCAGAGACUGAGGAAACCCCCAAGAGAAAAGCCAGAGUUCGACGGGGUCGGUGCACUAAACGAACUGCUGAGCUCCGGAGCCCGACGCAAACCUCCACUGCCGUUCACUCACAUGCUACACUAUGUUCUAGUCCUCAGCAGAACGUUCCUCCUUUACCCACUGAUCUCAGCCCCGGCCCGAAGACACCCAAACCCAGCAGGCGCCGGCCCGGUCCCAGACUCAGCUCUACUCCACUGAGCAACACGUGCCUUUCCCGAAAGCCUCCUGACACUGCAAAGACCACCAGCCCACGAAGCAACACUGCAAACGGCCAUCGGAAGGAGCUAGAGCUGAGUCCGGUGAGGAGAAGUCCGUCAGAUGUUCCUGCACGAAAGACAAUGAGAUCCCGGAAGCCUCGAGCUCCAGACAGGCGCGCAACUCAGCAGAAGGAGAAGAGGAAGAAGAAAGAGCAGGACACGUGUGAUGAACCGUCAGUCAAACGUCAGCGGAAGAAGGGCGGGGCAAAGGCGGAGCCACAGGAUCAGCCCACCCACCGGGUCAGACCACGCUUCGAGCUCCACGACUGUGAGCUCCAGGAACCUGAGCUUAAGGAGACAGAGCAGAACCUGUCGUCUGACCUGUCCAUCGAGCUGAGCCUGAUGGAGGAGCCAGAAAUGAUCAACCACUCUCUGUCCCUUCAGGAGGAUGAGGAGGAGGAGGACGAAGAGGAGCUGCCUAGUUUCUUAGAGCAGACCAAUAACCAGCCUUCGUCAAUCCGAGAGGGACAGUGUGUGUGGUAUAAACUCAGGAAAUAUCCUUUUUGGCCUGCUAUAGUUAAAAGCGUGAACCACAAGAAUAAGAAAGCCAGCAUUGUGUUCAUCGACAACUUUCUGUUUGAUAAGAAGAGGUUAAAAAAAGGCUUCAACGUGUCUUUGAGGACGCUGAAGCCGUUUGACUGCAAGGAAUAUGAUCAGCUUGUGGAUAUUGCCAAAGAGAGAUACGGAGCUUCCUUUACCUGGUGUCUGGAGCUCAUUUCGGACUACAGAAUCCGCAUCGGAUGUGGCUCUUUUGCUGGUUCCUUCUUUGAAUACUUCGCUGAUGAUAUCAGUUGCCCUGUGAGGAUGCGGUACUCCGAAGGGUCGUCUGAGUUGGCCUUUCCCAGCCAGCAGCUGCUGAGCGAGGAGCAGGACGACGAGGAGGAGCAGGCAGAAGAACCCGACGAGGAGCAGAACAGACAGCCCGACGAAGGACACUCAAAAAAGCUUCUGCCCGACCGAGCGCUGGCCGCCCGCAACCGUGCCAACGAGAAGCUGGUGGAGUUCAUAGUGAAGAAACGUGGAGCGGAGAACCGAUUAAAGGCGGUGAUCAGCGGUCAGGAGCCAUCCAAGUGGCUACAGGCGCUGCAGAGCUACAGCCGCUCGGUGGGGGGGCUGUACCUGGAGGAUGACCGGCAGGUGGAUAAGGUUUACUCCUACCUGGACAAACUGUGUGAGGCUGCAGUCAAGACUAGCACCAGAGUGGAGAACACGGACCGUAUCCGAUUCAUACUGGACGUGCUUCUGCCUGAGGCGAUUAUUUAUGCCAUAGCUGGAGUGGACCGACUCUCUCUAGACAAAGCUGAGGAGAAAUAUCGGCGAGGGCCGCAACACAGUAACAGAGAACGGGAGGAGUUCGAUAUGAUGAUCGAACAGCAGAUGAGGGUGAAGGCGUUCGCGGCGAGGCCGUCACCGUGACGACGCCCGACUGCUGGAGUCAGUAACGGACGUUUCUCCGCUCUGCAGCAGAAGCAGAAGCAGCUCUGAUGUUCUCAGGAGCUCCUCCUGCUGCACUCACUUCUCUGCACGUACACUCUUGUUAUAAAUCCGUCAUGUGACCCUAAAGGUAAACGUUCUCAUUCAUGUAAAGAGUUAUUUUUAAUAAAAAACAGUCCUGGACUGUUGUGAAUUCCUCAGCCAUAUGAAAUAUGGAUUCAUAUUCAUUCAAUAUGAGAAGCGCAGACUGGGAGCUGUCCAUACGGAUUAUAAAUGUAAAUAUGGUGUAACAAUUAGUGCAGUCAUUAAUGUAUGUGGGUUUAAGUGUGUAAUGAUUUGUGUAAAUAUGUAAUUAAAGGGCCCGUAUGCUAUUA